AUGAUUAAAUACCUAUUCAUUUCAAAAUCUUCUCCCCCACCUAUUCACUCUUGCCAUAUUUGAUAUAUACUUUAUCGAUCUUUUCAUAUCCCUUGUGAGCACCCUUGUUUUCAUGCUUGAACUCACAAGUUAGCUCAUUACUGAUUAUUAUCACCUGAAACCCUCAAUGCUGAAAAGCUUAUUAAUAAUUGUCAUUGUUUUUCUUCACCGAGAAUUGUGUGAUGGCAUUCAAUUAAUACUUUUCGAUAAUUGGCCUUCUGCUCAAAAUGUGUGUGCUUCGGCUGUGGCAGAUGCGACGGCCAAUGGACAGUGUACAACAAAGUCAAUACAAAUUAACCAACAACAUGGCUGUAGUGGGGAUAACAGUGUAAAAUCAGCCUCCUACGCUAUCAACGCAGUUGCAUCCAGAACAUCAGGAGAACUAGAUUUUGUAUUUGUUGGCCCAACAUGCACUACUGAUAUUCGAACAAUUGGUGAUUUUGCGGAAAUCUGGAAAUCGCCAGUUAUAGGCUACGAGCCCGUAUUUGAAGCCCGAGGUGUGCAGGAGCUCACAUCGGUUAUAAAUGUUGCACAAUUUUCCGUUGGCGGUGUUGCAGAAACUCUGGUUUUUCUGAUGAAAGAGCUGGAACAAGUUGAGAUAACAUUGGUGGGGUCAGUCAAAGUUUUGCCGAAUGGAUUAUCUCUUUCAAAUGACUUGAGAUCUUAUAAUGAGAUAAUGAACAGUUUCAAAAUCCGUGAAUACGUAGAAGUUGAUGAAAACGAUGUGGAUUGGACGAAGGUUGACCAGAAAAUAAAACGGGGCGCCAGAAUGAUUGUCGUGUGCGCUGAUUUUUACGAUAUCUACAGUGCGUUUUACAAUAUUGGCAUACGAUCACUAUCAGGGUUCCGCUUUAUAAUAGUAGUAAUUCUCAAUAAACCUCCGGAUGAAAUACUAAAUCAGCCAAAUGUCAAAAAUCUUCUUUACGGAUCAAAUGCCUUCAUAAUAUCACCAUUACAAGAACAGUAUUCAGAUGCAUUCAGUAUCAUGCAGGAUGUGAUUCCAAAUCUGGCAGAUGAUCAGUUCACAACAUUUUUACGAAUAUAUCACGCAUGUUAUGCAUACUGCGUCGGCUCAGUAAAUGGAGCCGAGACACAGACUGAUAAUUAUCAUACUGCAAUGAGCGGAAAAGCUGUCACUACAAAAUAUGGUACAUUCACAUUUGAUAACAGUGGCUCCGUUUUAACAAAUUAUGCAGUUUUUACAAUAAAUCCUGCUGAAAUGACGUUUGAAUCAAUAUUGACGUUAAAGUCUGUUGCUAAGUCGUGUGAUACUUACAACUGUUUUCAAUUGUCUCCUAACAAAACAUCCGAUUUACUCUGGACUCUGAAGGACAUGGACCCUCCCGAUGAUUGUGUGGCAAAAAGUUCAUGUGUAAAUUAUAUUCCUCACAUCAUUGCGGCGGUGGUUAUUGUCACGAUCAUUGUCAUUGCUAUAGUGAUCAUUGUUAAGCAGAGACGCCACAAGCUCAACAUCUACAAACUUACAUGGAAAGUUCCGAAAGAGUCACUUAAAAUAAUUGUAAAUAAAAAUGCAGAUGCCAAAAUGCAACGAGAGCUCGAAAACCGUGCAAGCAACACCGACAACGCAGCCGCGUUAACUUCUCGUAGGAGGGUAUUUGGUUCUUAUGCUCUGGUGGGAACUCAACGGGCAGAGUACGUGCAGUUCAAGCAGAUUAGAAAGAUUAACUUUCCCGAGACUACGCUGGAUUACUUAUACAGCCUAAAACAACUGCAGCACGAUAAUUUAGCAAAGUUUUAUGGGAUUCAAGUCAACGAUGACAUUAUGACAAUGACAAUUUUGCAUACGCUAGUUGAACGAGGAACACUCGAGGAAUUUUGUCUAGACCGCGAUUUCGGAAUGGAUGACACUUUUAAGUCUGCAUUCAUGAGAGAUAUUUUGAAAGGACUACAAUAUCUUCACAAAUCCUCCAUCGGCUAUCACGGGCACUUACAAGCAUCAACUUGCUUGAUAGAUAUUAAUUGGGUUUUAAAAUUAACACUUUAUGGAGUCUCCAAUUUUAUGAGUGAUCAAUUAGAUGCGGAAAACAUCAAAGUUCCAGAGCAGGCAGCGCAUAUGAUAACUUACCCUCAAUAUGUUUGCUUCCCACCUGAGCACAUUCGAGAAUAUGAUGAUUCUGGAAAACAACCACCGCGAGUUGUACGAGGUAGUCCAAAAGGAGAUAUCUAUUGCGUUGGCAUGAUAUUUUAUAUGAUGGUUGAACGCGAAGACCCCUACCAUUUAAUUCAUUCAGUGGAGCGGCCUAACGCAACUCUCAUAAAACAAAUUCUCAACGAAAAUCAUAUGCCUCGAAUAACUGACGAUUAUCGGCAAGAGAAUAUGCUUCUUGAAAUGUGCAAAGAAUGCUGGGAUCGAAAUCCUGAUAAACGUCCCACUAUCAAAAAAUUGAUAGAGUCAAUUAGUACGGUGUACCCUUUGUCAAAAGGAAACUUGGUAGAUCAAAUGAUCAGGAUGAGCGAAAAAUAUGCGGAUGAACUGGAACAAAUGGUUGCAAUAAGAACAGCUGAUUUAGCAGAUGCACAAAUGCAGACAAUGAGGCUUUUAAAUGAAAUGUUGCCAGCGAGUAUUGCAAAGGAUCUGAAAAAUGGACUCAUAAUGCCACCGAGAAGCUAUGAAUCGGCAACCGUUAUGUUUGUUCAAAUUUGUGAUUUCAAUGCACUAAUGAAACGAAGUUCUCCCGAACAGGUAAUUGCAUUUCUUAAUGAUAUUUAUGAUCAAUUUGACACUGUAAUCAAGAGACACGAUGCUUAUAAAGUUGAAACAACAGGGGAAACUUACAUGGUUGCUUCUGGUGUCCCGCACGAAAACGAAGGAAGGCAUAUAUUUGAAGUGGCCGAGAUAAGUCUAGAGAUCCGAGAAAUAUCGUACAUUUAUGUUUUACAACAUGACAAGAACUAUAAACUCCGGAUAAGAAUUGGUUUUCACGCCGGGCCAAUUGCAGCAGGUGUGAUUGGAAUCCGAUCACCCCGGUAUUGCCUCUUCGGCGACACUGUCAAUUUUGCAUCCAGAAUGCAAUCGAAUUGUCCGCCAAAUCAAAUUCAAACUAGUGAAAUAACUGCGAGACUUUUAUUUGAUUCACAUGAAUACAAAUUUGUGAAGAGAGGAAUUGUACAUGUCAAAGGGAAAGGAGAAGUUAAUUGCUACUGGCUCAAUGAGCAUUUGCAUGAAGAAACAGAACCGCCGUUACCGCCUAUGACGCCGGUACCAAAUCCACUGAGAAGAGGAUCAAUUGUCCCGUUGCAGAAGGCGUGAUGGUUAUUUUAAUAAUUUUUCAAUGUUUUUCUCUACUCUUCUCAUUAUCUUUUUUAUUUUGGUUUGACCAAUAAAAUAUUUUUGCUCAUAAAA